AACUGCUUACUUUUCCAUCAAUAUCUUUGCCGUUAAGUCCUCCGAUCAGGGCGCCGCGCGUCCCGUCACCGAUAAUUCACCAAUUCUAUUUCUCCCGGCAAGAUUCACUGAUUUGCUUUAUCCUUAUUCUUCUGUUAUUCCGUCUCCGUCACGAUCACGGCCGGUGGUUCGGGAGAAGGAAUGCAGAAAUCGGCGUUCAUUACAGACGGUGAAAUUCACCAUCACUCCUUUUCCUCCGCGUCUCAGAGACACGUUAGCUACAGCUGCGGUUCUUGUGGAUAUGAAUUAAACCUAGGCUCCUCCAAUCGAAAAACCUCAACUAUUGGCUCAAAAUAUGGAAAAUCAAUAAAGCGAGGGAUCAUAUCAUUCUUCAAUAUUGAUGAGAGCAGAUUUACACAGGUUGAUGAGUUCCAUUGCAUUCCUUACCUUUCAAAGCUCUCUUGGGGUUUGUUUGGUCGUAAAACCAAACUUCUUUGCCGCAAGUGUGGCAACUAUAUUGGAACUGCUUAUGAGAGCAAAACUCCACCCUACCCACUUGUAUUAGAUGAAUCAGAUUCAUCAUCAGGGAAUGAAGUCUCUGGUUAUAGAAAAUAUGAUGUUAGAAUUCGUGCCUUACAACCUUCCACUGCUGAAGAAUUUGGCAUUCCCCUAGUAGCCAUGGCAUCUUCGGAUACAAAGCUUGCAGAACAGCUGAAGGAAGUUGAGAACAUGCUUAUGUUUCCUCCUCCUUCGGUCCCUGAGCUUCUCCCUCUUCUGGAUUUCACAGAACUCUCCAUACAGGUCAAGUAUGUCUUCCUUCUUGCGCUCUUUUUAACCCAUGCCGCCGCCGUCUCUCCACUGAAGAGAAACUGUGAUUUUCCAGCAAUCUUCAACUUUGGUGACUCAAACUCAGACACAGGUGGGUUUUCUGCUGUGUUUUAUCCUCCUCCUCCCCCGUAUGGAGAGACAUUUUUUCAUAUGCCGGCCAAGAGAUUCUCUGAUGGACGCCUCCUGAUCGAUUUCAUUGCUAAGGGUCUUGGUCUUCCAUUUCUGGACUCAUAUCUUGAUUCUCUGGGAACCAACUUCAAUCAUGGUGGGAUAAUUGGAAGUUUAAUGCCCAACAAGGAAUAUUUUCAAGAAGCUUUGUAUACAUUUGAUAUCGGCCAGAACGAUCUAGCUGAAGGGUUCUUUUCUAACAUGACCGUAGAGGAAGUGAAUGCAUCUGUUCCUGACAUAGUCAACAAAUUCUCAACAAAUGUUAAGGAAAUAUACAGUCUGGGAGCAAGAUCAUUUUGGAUUCAUAACACAGGACCCAUUGGUUGCCUGCCUUACAUUUUGUCCGACUUUCCCUCUGCAAGAAAGGAUGGUGCUGGCUGCGCGAUGCCUUACAAUGAAGUAGCUCAGUACUUCAAUGUCAAGUUAAAGGAGGCCGUAGUUGAAAUUAGGAAGGAAUUCCCUCUUGCUACAUUCACAUACGUGGAUAUCUACUCUGUCAAGUACUCCCUCUUUGCUGAACCACAGAAACACGGAUUUGAGCUGCCACUUGUAUCCUGCUGUGGGUAUGGAGGGGAGUACAACUACAACAACAAUGACAUUUGUGGAAGCACAAUCAUGGUUAAUGGCACAGAGGUGUUUAUCGGAUCAUGCAAGAACCCAUCAGUUCGAGUGGUAUGGGAUGGAAUUCACUACACUGAAGCAGCUAACAAGUUUAUUUUUGAUCAAAUUACGAAUGGAUUGUUCUCAGACCCACCAGUUCCACUGAACAUGGCAUGUUAGAAGACCUCUGUUUAAGAUGGUAUCAAAUAAAAUGUAGUCAUGUGAAUGUCUGUCCUGAGUUAGUGUCCUUUAAAUGGGAAUGAAUAAGUUGCCUUUUU